AUGAGCCGCCCAACGCCACGCAAGGGCCGCGGCCACAAGCGCCAGUCCUCCAACCUCAUCCCCGCCGUGUCCGACUACGAGUCCGACGCCGCCGCCGCCGCCGCCGCCGCCACCGCCGCCGGGACCACCGCCCGGACCAGCCAGUACGCGCCACCCCCCCUGCGCACCAACACCGAGAUCAACCUCUCCGUGCUGCGGCGCUACGUGCCCUCCAUCCGCGCCAUCCUCAGCAUCGCCGCCAACGCCGUCGUCUAUACCUUUGCCGGCGAGUCCUGGGACAAGUCCGGCGUCGAGGGCACCCUGUUCGUCUGCAGCCAGGACUCCCCCGACGACAGCACGCCGCGCGCCUGCGUCUUCGUCCUGAACCGCCGCGGCCUCGGCAACGUCAUCGUCGACCUGGCGCACGUCAGUGACGUCGAGGUCACCGCGGAGCUGGUCAUCCUGCGCGUCCAGGACGGCGGGGAGCGCGUGCUGGGGUUUUGGAUGCACAACGAUCGAGCAGAGACGAGGCAGGUCAACGCGGCCAUGAUACAGGAGUGCUGGACGCUGGUGCGGGCUGCGGGCGCGGUGGAACAUCAGCGGCAAGACGCCGGGCCGGCGAUGCAGGCUAUCGGGAGGCCUCUUACGAUGAAUGAGCUGUUUGGGAGUCAGGCGGUCACCCAGGGACAUUAG